GCUGUCCGCCGCAAUACUCCACCGGUGGAUUUUUCUUAUCGAUAAGAAAAAGUUGUCUCCGACUUUUUGCUCCUCACUCAAAAUAUCACCAUUGCACCUGCGCCAGCCUCCAUUUCUCCUCGUCCAACGACUUUUUGCAAGUACCCGACCAUGGUCAAGGCAAGAAAGAAGAAGAGGACUCAUGUGCCCAACAAUGACGGGCCUGGAAAGCCGGGGCAGGCGAACCGACGGCCCAAGAGUAUGGUUAUCCGCAUGGGCGCAGGCGACGUCGGAUCCAGUGUGACGCAGCUGGCGCGAGAUUUUCGAGCAGUGAUGGAGCCGGAUACUGCAAGCAGGUUAAAAGAGCGACGAGCGAACAAGUUAAAAGACUACACCGCUAUGGCUGGUCCACUGGGUAUUUCGCACCUCUUCCUCUUCUCGCGCUCGAAAUCCGGCAAUGUCCACCUCAGAGUUGCGCUCACGCCCCGAGGACCGACCCUGACUUUCAGAGUCGAACGUUACGCUUUAUGCAAAGACAUAGCGAAAGCCCAAAAGCAUCCCCGCAGUGGAGGGAAGGAAUAUUUGAAUGCGCCACUCCUGGUCAUGAACAAUUUCACCUCUCAAGCAGGCGAAGAUGCAAAAGCCGACCCUAUCAAGAAGCAGCUCGAGUCCCUUACUACUACUAUAUUUCAGUCAAUAUUUCCUCCCAUAUCCCCACAGACGACCCCUCUCAGCUCAAUACGAAGAAUCUUGCUAUUGAACCGCGAACCUCAAUCUGAUGGUACAUAUAUAAUCAACCUCCGCCACUAUGCAAUCACAACCCGUCGAACGGGUGUUUCAAAACGAGUCCGCAGAUUUGAUCCAAGCGAGCAGCGACUACGAGAGAAGAAGUCGGGAGCUCUGCCGAACCUGGGCAAACUGGAGGACGUCGCGGACUAUCUCCUCGACCCAUCAGCCGGGGGUUACACGUCUGCUAGUGAGACCGAGCUGGAUACAGAUGCUGAAAUCGAAGUUCUUGAAACCACGACCCAGCGAGUGCUGAGUAGGCGAGAGCAACAAAGACAGCAGCAGCAACAAAAGCAACAUCAAAAUGGGGAAAAAGAUAAAGACACGACGAUGAAAGAGUCCGCGGCAAAUGGCGGAACCAACGUAGAGAAGCGAGCGGUGAAACUGGUCGAACUCGGUCCUCGAAUGCGUCUGCGCAUGGUCAAAGUGGAAGAAGGCAUCUGCGAAGGACGGGUUAUGUGGAACGAGUUUGUGACCAAGACCGACGCCGAGGAGAAGGCGUUAGAGGAGAAGUGGGAGAAGAAGCGGGAGGAAAAAGAGGCAAGACGGAAGGAGCAGAAGGAGAAUAUCGAGAGGAAGAAGCUGGCCAAGAAGAAUGCAAAGAUCAAUGCUAGCCAGGGUGACGGCGAAGCUGGGGAAGAUGACGACGAGGAGGACGAGGACGAGUGGGACAGUGAUGACAUGGAGGAUUGGGACGACGAUCUGGACGACGAUGUCGCUCAGGGAAAUGCGAAUGAGAAUGAGAGCGAGAAUGAAGAGUGAUUUUUUUUUAUUGUUGUAUGCUAGACACGGCGAUGCCUUCGCAUCAGAGCUGAGUGCUCAUCCGCUUGCGGCUUUCGUGUGGUCCUUUCUGUGCCUCCGAUAAUCGCUGUCGGUGAUACGUGCGUGCGCGUAUGCGUACCGUAUGGAUGCAUGCCUGCUCGCUAGCUCUGUGUCAGAGUCAUCGCGCCUGCUUCACCUGGUACUCUGAUCUUUCUAUUCCUCA